AUGGCGAACCCGCCCUCGGCUUGGUCCACGGUGACCCCUUUGCUCCUUUUCUCUUGCUUCUGCUUGCUCGUAGGCGACAUGCUCUUCGGAUAUGACACGGCGAGCUUUGGUGGAGUCCUCGCUAACCCUGGUUUUGUGAGGCAAUUCGGGGUGUACCAUGAGAACGCCCAGAAAUACGCCAUUGAUUCCCUUCACACUUCGCUCCUGUCCUCUCUUGCCUUUAUCGGCAAGUUCCUAGGGUGUUUCGUCGCCGGACCGGCCAUUGAGAAGUUUGGGCACCGCGCUGUGUUCUUCGCUCUCUCGGUUGUCUCUUUCAUAGGUAUUAUCAUUGAAAUCGCUGCUGCCGACACCGGUGUCGGGACCGGGCGUUUCGCGCAGUUCGUCGUUGGCCGGAUCAUUGUGUACAUUUCGGUUGGUCUUGUCGAAGUCGACGUGACCACGUACCAAUCUGAAAUUGUCCCGGCCCCUUUCCGCGGUCUCGUCGUCGUCUCCCUGCAACUCUUCCUCAACGCCGGAACUGUCAUUGCUACGGGAGUCAACAAGGCCUUCUCUACCAGAACUGACGCUCUGGGUUGGAAAGCAGUCACAGGCAUCCAAUUUAUCUUCCCCGUCCUGAUCAUCCUCUUCGUGUGGUUCAUCCCUUCCUCUCCUCGCUGGCUCCUGUCCAAGGACCGUGACGAGGACGCCAUCGCCGCCCUGCGCCGCCUUAGACCCAAGGGCGACGAUGCCGAUGUCAGGAGCAUGUACACAAAAGCUCCAUGGCUCGACCUCGUGCGCGGGAACAACCUCCGCCGAACGAUGAUUGUCGUCGUUUACUAUUUUUUCCAGCAGACUACGGGCCAGGCUUUCGUCUCCACCUACCAGACGGUAUUCUACAAGAUGAACGGAUAUGCGGCACAGGCAUUCACCUAUCCCGUCAUCAACAGCUGUCUCAGCUUCCUCUCUGUCAUCCCAGCCAUGUACUUGAUUGAUACGCUUGGUCGUCGAUACACCCUCAUGACCACUUUCUUUUUCCAGAGCACCUGGAUAUACCUGUUGGCUGGUCUUGGUGGGAUGGCAAACAAAACUUCCACGACCAAAAACGCGAUUGUGGCUGCAUUUAUGCUCUACUCGUUUAGUUACAACAUGGGUGGUGCCUCUAUUCCUUACCUUCUCGGCAGUGAGGUUCCCAACGCCGCUGUCCGGGAAAAGACGCAGGCGCUGGGGGCUGCGUGGAAUGUUGUCUGGGCUUUUGUGACCAACUUUGUCAUCCCAUACAUGAUCGACGACAUCCAUUUCGGGGUCGGAUGGGUGUUUGGUAGCAUCUCAGUCCUGGCGUUUGUGUUCACCCUCUUCUUUCUUCCAGAGACCAAGGGUCGCGCUCUCGAGGAGAUUGACGCCGUCUUUGCAGUCGCCUACAAUCCUUUCCGCGCCGUUGACGUCCGAUACAGUGACGCCGAGCUUCGUGUGGGCGAACUUGAAGGGGAGAAACAUAAGCCUGAGUCUAAUAGACUGGAGAGUCUAGAGAAGAGCUGA